AUGCCCGCUGCAGUGGACCACCUGUCGGACAUCCUCAGCGACUGGACCCCCGUGGAUGUUCACAUCGACGACCCCCCGAAGAAAGGCAUCAUCUUGUCCGCCAUGGUCCCGUUGGAAAGGCAUAACCUGGCGAGAAAAGACAUCAAGUACCAGGUCCAGCUCUACUCACCAGACGAAAUUAUCGAGGUCUGCGGCGACAAUGUAUCGGACCGUCACCAGUCCGUCUACUGGAGAAUGCUCAGGCCUGAGUUCGUCAAGGGCGACUCGGAGACAAUGGCGGUCGUGGUGAGAAACCGCCGGGACCCCAGAAAACCGAGCGGAACUUUACAGGCGAUGUGUACACAACCGUAUCGCACCUUUGACCCCUAG